CACUUAGUCUUCAGCGAGAGACCCCUAACCUGCCCCUUCCUCUGCCCACAGGGGACUUCUUAUCUACACCCCUCUUUUCUAUCCCUUCCAUGCAUUUGUUCCAUACUCUCCCCAGAGGAAGACCCCUUGCCUGUCCCAUACUCUCCCCAGAAGAAGACCCCUUGCCUGCCACAUACUUUUCCCAGAAGAAGACCCCUUGCCUGUCCCAUACUCUCCCGAGAGGAAGACCCCUUGCCUGUCCCAUACUCUCCCCAGAAGAAGACCCCUUGCCUGCCCCAUACUCUCCCCAGAAGAAGACCCCUUGCCUGUCCCAUACUCUCCCCAGAAGAAGACCCCUUGCCUGCCCCAUACUCUCCCCAGAAGAAGACCCCUUGCCUGUCCCAUACUCUCCCCAGAAGAAGACCCCUUGCCUCCCCAUACUCUCCCCAGAGGAAGACCCCUUGCCUGUCCCAUACUCUCCCCAGAAGAAGACCCCUUGCCUGCCACAUACUUUUCCCAGAAGAAGACCCCUUGCCUGUCCCAUACUCUCCCGAGAGGAAGACCCCUUGCCUGUCCCAUACUCUCCCCAGAAGAAGACCCCUUGCCUGCCCCAUACUCUCCCCAGAAGAAGACCCCUUGCCUGUCCCCAUACUCUCCCCAGAAGAAGACCCCUUGCCUGUCCCAUACUCUCCCCAGAAGAAGACCCCUUGCCUGUCCCAUACUCUCCCCAGAAGAAGACCCCUUGCCUGUCCCAUACUCUCCCCAGAAGAAGACCCCUUGCCUGUCCCAUACUCUCCCCAGAAGAAGACCCCUUGCCUCCCCAUACUCUCCCCAGAGGAAGACCCCUUGCCUGUCCCAUACGUUCCCCAGAAGAAGACACCUUGCCUGCCCCAUACUCUCCUGAGAGGAAGACCCCUUGCCUGUCCCAUACUUUCCUCAGAGGAAGACCCCUUGCCUGCCCCAUACUCUCCCCAGAAGGAGACCCCUUGCCUGUCCCAUACUCUCCCCAGAAGAAGACCUCUUGUCUGCCCCAUAAUCUCCCCAGAGGGCAACCCCCUCCCCUGCCCCAACUUUUCCCUUGUCUGCCUCAUCCUUGAGUGGAAGCCUUUUUCCUGCUGCAUCCUUUGCCCUGAGGGGUUCCCCAUUUUGUAUCUUCAGGGAGUUUUUGGUGUGUUCCCUCUGUGUCACAAAAACUGA